UAUAUAUAUAUAUAAAUAUUGAAAAGAAUUAUAUAUGGGAGUGUAUAUAUAUAUGAGAAAUAAAUCUCAGCCUUUUGUAUUAACUUACCAGCAAGAUAUAGGCAAGAAAUUGUGAGAAAUGUGAAAGCAUAGUAUUCAAAGUCAUGCUUAUAGACCCAGUACAAGACCCUUAAUUCUUAACAGCUGUUUCUUCCUCAUUCUCCUUCUAGACUUCCAAACCCCAAAAAGUACAGACAGCUAAGAAACAUGAAAUCAACUCAUCAUCAUCAUCAUCAUCAUACUACUACCGGUUCUUCUUCUCAAAUUUCCAAGACAUCUAAUCAUAAUAAUUUCCCUUUUGACAAUCUUUCUCCAAAGAAAGACUCUGAAGACGAUGAUGAUCAGGAUCAAGAACUUGAUCGUGGGGAAGCGGACAGGAUAAUUCACGGGCCGAGUUCAAGCAACAGCAGCUCAUCAGUUGAUGAAGAGAAGGAAAUUAAUGGUGGAUUGAAGAAGACGAAGAAUCCCGGAGAGGGAGGAUCAGGAUCAUCGUCAUCUGUAAGGCAGUAUGUUCGUUCUAACAUGCCGAGACUCAGGUGGACUCCUGAGCUCCAUCUUUGCUUUGUUCAUGCUGUUGAAAGACUGGGAGGGCAAGAAAGAGCAACACCCAAGUUGGUUCUUCAAUUGAUGAACAUCAAAGGCCUUAGCAUAGCUCAUGUCAAGAGCCAUCUACAGAUGUACAGAAGCAAGAAGAUAAGCGAGUACCCAAAUCAAGCAACAACAGAUCAAGGGUUUUUGUUUGAAGGUGGAGAUUCUCACGUUUACAACCUUAGCCAACUCUCCAUGCUGCAAAAUUUUAAUCCAAGACCCAGUUCUUCUUCUACUUUAAGAUAUAGUGAUCCUUCAUGGAGAAAUAUUCACGGAGUACAAAACCAGAUUGACAGCCCUAAUUAUAGUUACAAGGUUGGAACUUCAUUAAUGGAUAGAGCCAGAUUAGGGUUUGGCAAUGGUGCUAAUUUAGUACUACCUGCACAGAAAAUAUAUGGAAACAACAAGACCAAUUACAAUUCCCAUCUGGGUAAUUCUUGGUUCAAUUCAGAAGCUGAUAGAAAAUUCAGAAGAAGCAGAAGUGAAAUUUCUCUGGAGACAUUCCGGUCUUUUGGCCGGGAGGAUAAGACAGAACCGGAGUCUUUAUUCGAGUCGAGGAAUGCAUCGGCUAGGUCAUGUUUUCGAGUACAAAGGUUUCCGUCAUUUAAUAGAAUCUCCGAAGAUCAAAACCUACCGACGAGCCUAACGAAACAUUCCGAAAAUCAGCUUAUCAUAAAUGAUCAGAGACAAGCAGGUCAUAAUUAUGAUCAUCAAGCUGCAAUAGUGACAAAUUACUUGGAGAAUUACAACAGUAGGUCGUCAUAUAUGAUUAAUAAUACUAACAGCUGGCCAUCAUCAUUGAAGCAAUUAAGGAUUCAAGAAAGACAAAAUCUUUUCUCGAAAAGGAAGGCCAGCUCGGAUUCAGGUUCAGACGCAUUGGACUUGAAUUUAUCUCUCAAAGUAACAGAAAACAUUAAUGAUGAUCAAAAUAAUAAUCACGGUGAUAGUGACGAGAGUAACAAUGAUGAUCGAGUAAUUGAUAGUACAUUGUCACUUUCUUUGUCUUCUUCUUCGUCUUCGAAGAAACGACUGCACAACAGGUCACUUAAGGAAGGAGAUGAUGAUGAUGGGAAUGAUGAGGAUAAUGGGAAGAUGAAGAUACAUACAAGGGUAGCAAGUAGAAGUAGUACCGAUCUGGAUCUGACUUUGUGAAUGCAGACAAAUUGUUGUAAGUGAGAUUUCUUGAUCAUAGAUGUACUAAAUUAAUUAAUUAAUGACAACUAAUUAAUUAAUUAAUGAUAAGUAAGUUAAGAAGUUUAUUAAUGAUUCAUGUUACUCAUCCAUCCAGUACAAAUACAU